AUGGAUAAAGAAUAAGAAAAAGAUAUUGUUGUGGAUAAAUAAUAUUUAAAUCCAGACUAGUUGAUUUCAUACUGCUCGAAAGAAAAGUAUACUAUUAAAAUAGUCUCGAGCGAUGUACCUUUUAAUAAUCUACUUGUUUUGAAAGAUAUUUCAAUCAAAACUAAGGGAGAUGAUGAAGAUAAGAUAUUUGCAGAAAGCCAUUUCUUGCACAAAAAUGUUAGAAGAGGUAAUACUGUUUUAGAAGUUUUGAAUAAGGACAAGUAAGUUGAAGAAAGAUAUAUUGCCAGAAAGGGUCUUAAAAAGUUUUUUGACGUAUACUUAGAGUAUCUAGAUUUAGAUGAAGUAGAAAAGGUUUCAACUUGGGUCAAUAAAAACAAGCAUUUUGGCAAGCUCAAAGCUUUAACAAUUGAUCCAGUUCAAGAAGUCUUCUCUAGAAAAGAAGCAUUUGAUGUGCAUAUUUAUAAACUUGGAAAAGCAAACGGAGAAAAUGCACAAAUUAGUUAUAUUAAAAAAUUCGAUGCUUGGGUUGUUUCCUCUAAGAAUGUCAGCAUGCUUAUUUAGAGCAACAAAAAUGUAUAGAUCCCUGAUGAAUAAAGAUACGGUUUUACCAGAUUGAUUUCUUAGGUUUGGAUUGAGUUCGUUAGAAGAUUAGAGGAAUAAAACCCUCAAUUAUUAAUAGAAUUAAAAGAAUAUUUAGAUGGUAGAACUUUUGUUGGUGAAUAUUGUGGUAAUUAAGAUUAUUAGCACCUCGUCAAAUAUGAUAAAAUUGACUUACAUUUUUAUGCAGUGGUUGAAAAUAAUAGUCGUGAAACUUGUAUUCCCACUGACAUAGCAUACCAAAUUUUUGAGAAGUUUGGACUUACAAAAGUAUAGGUUUCUAAGUUAACAGCUCAUUCAUGGAAAGAAUUUAAUGAUAUUGUAUUUAAGUUAUACAAAGAAGUUGGAUCUUCACCAAUAGAAUAAGAUGGUGAAGGUGCUGUACUUUAUUUCAUUAGCGAAAAUAGAUAGACUUAAGAAUAGCAAGUUAUUAGUUUGUGCAAGUUAAAGACACUAGACUAUAGAAUAUUUAGAAAAUUAAGAGAAAAGCUCAAAAAUUGCCUAGUUGAUAAGAAGGGUAGUGGAUCAAAGUGGUUUAAAAAGUUUGAAAAAGAAGUUCUUGAGCUUUGUGAAUUCUGUGAACCAGCUCACGAAUUAGACUAUUAUAACACUAUAGCAAAAACAGCUUUUGACUUUAUUGAAUCUUCUUUAAGUGCUAAGCAUAGAAACAUGGUUGCAUCGAGAUACAUAACAUUCUUAGAUAUGAUUAAAAAAUCUAUUGAUGAAAAGGUUGAAAUAAAUUUGAAGUUUUUGAAAGAAUACUUUGAGUCUGUUCCAAUGUAGGAGGGUGAAAAGAAUAUCGGUAGUGUUCUAAAUAACACAAGAAUUAUUAUUGUAUCACCACCUUUUUACCUAACUGAAAAGUUUUAGAAGGAUAUAUGUGAGGCUUUACAUAUUACUAAAAUAGGAAAUUCAUGGAGGGAAGGCCACUCAAAUGUAGAUUUAAUUGCUGUAGAUAAUAUUCAUAUUCCUCCAAGAAUCACAGCACAAAGAUUGAAUAAGUUUAAUAUAUUUGUUUUCAUUGGUUUUAAUGAAAAACGUAUGGUUUACCUUAAAAACUAAAUUGAAGUCCUUAAAAUAAAAGCUGAAAGUUAAGAAGAGUUAUCUUAUACUAAAGCAAAUUCAUUGAAAAAUAUAUUCUCAACAAAUGCUUAAAAAUUAAAGGAGAUAAAAUAGAACUCAAAGACCUUCCUUCCUAAUAAUUCUUUAUUCCUUGAUGAUAUCUAUUAAUAUUCUGACGAUAACCUAAGUAUUGUUAAUGAAGAAGAAUCAAACCAAAAGCUUUUGUAGAUUAUUACAUAAGCAUAUUAAAAGAAAGUAGAUGAAAUGAUGAAUGCCAAGCUCAAAAAGUUUGAAGUUAGCGAUGAUUUGCAAAAGAAUGAUAGCCAAGAGGAAGAAAAUUAGGAAGAUGAAGAAGAAAAGAAGGAAGAAAGUGACGAUUAAUAGAAUAAAGAAAAGGAUAGUUAAAAAAAGUAAAAACAAGCUAAAAAGACAACUGAUACUAAAUAGAAUUCCACAAAAAAGAAUGUUUUGAUUAUUGUUCCUAUCACAAUACCUGCUACUGGAAAAACAACUUUCUUUAAUGAAAUUAUAUAAUAUUUCGAAAAAGAGAACAAAGAUAUAAAAAUUCAUUACCAAUCAAGCGAUAUUAUUAGAAAAUAGAUAAUGGAUGAAAUUUAGCAAGGAAAUCCUAAUCAAAACUAUACUUAAGAUGAAUUAUUUUAAAAAUCAUCAAAAAAAGCAACAUCAAGAUUUUAAAGUGCUGCAGUAGAUUUAAUUGAUUAAAUUUAGUAUGAAGAAGCAUAAAAUCAUAUUGUUAUAUUUGAUAAAAAUCAUCCUCCUUCUGCUAUUUAAAGCACUAUCCCAUUCAUUCAAGAAACAAUGCCUAAAAAUGUUAACUAUAAAAUAAUUGCUCUCACUCCUAAAGUUUUGCAAACUCACUCAACAGGAAAUAGUGAUUACCCAUUCUCAGUUACUUACUUAUUGAAUUGUAUUGAUAGAAGUGUUAAUAGAGACACUCAUGAAACUCUAGUAGGUGAUACUUCUAAAUUAGCUGGAGUUGUUUUUAUGUUUUUCAAUUUAUACAGAAAUAUUAAGUUUUCAGCAGGCCAAUUACAAAAAAUGGGCUUUUAAAAGUAAAUCUAAAUAACUUUCCAUUAAGAGAAAAACGAUUCAGAUUCAAAAAUCAAUAACAAGUUGCUAAAAAAAGUAGAUUAAGUUCUUAUGCAAAUUAGACCUUAAGAUGAUUUCGAACAGUCACCCAUCAUUUAAGAAUUCUUAGAAGUAUAUUAUAGUACAUAACUAUAAUUUGAAAAAGUAGAAUUUGAUGAGCAAAAAACAGAAUUUAUAAAUCAAAUUGAAGAAAUUUUUAAGUCUUUCAAAUGA